CGGUCCCCUUCCCUCCUCCCUCUAUUUGCCAACAUGCCUAAAUCAAAAAGACAAAAGCUCGUUUCGUUGACCAAGGUCGCUAAAAAGACCAAGGAGCAGAAGGGCGCACAACUCACUGCCAUUCAGGAAAACCUGGAGAAAUGGAAGUACUGCUGGCUCUUCGAAGUUGGUAACAUGCGCAAUGCGCACCUCAAAACUGUCCGGAAUUUAUGGAAGGACUCUGCACGAAUGUAUUUUGGUCGAGGAGCGUUGAUGGCGAAAGCUUUGGGCACAACACCAGAAGACGAGCAUCGGCCAGGGAUCUCUCAGCUCACACCACAAAUAAAAGGCCAAGUCGGCCUCUUCUUCACCGACACCGAACCGGACGAAGUGAUUGAAUGGUUCAAAGACUUCCGCCAACCUGAUUUCGCCCGCGCAGGCAACCGCGCUUCACGCACUGUCAUUCUUCCUGCCGGCCCCGUCAUGCAACACCACUCAGACCCACCGGAGCCGUUCCCCCACAACGAGGAGCCCCAGUUGCGGAAGCUCGGACUGACGACGGUGAUGAAAAAAGGCGUACCGACAAUCGAUACGCCACACAAGCUCUGCGAGAAGGGCAAGGUGCUGACGCCGGAGCAGGCACAGUUGCUCAAGUUAACGGGCGAGAAGAUGAUCGAGUUCCGGGUGGGGCUGAAGGCGAGAUGGACCGCGGAGACGGGGAAGGUUGUGCAGAUUGAGGACCCGGCUUUUGAAGUCGGGGAUGCGGUGGCCGGUGGGGAUGGGGAUGAGGACGAUGAGGAGGUCAUGAGCGAGUAGUUUCCCAUUUCUUCUCUCCGUGUAUUUUCAGCCUUUGCUUGUCCAUCUUUUCCAUCCGC